CGGCCGCUCCCAUGGAUGACGACGGCGGCGCCUCCCCGUCCCACCACGGCGGCGCCGGAGGAAGCAUCCGGCUGCAAUGCGAAUGCGGCUUCAAGGACGACUACAGCCUCGACGACACCGAGGACGGCCGCUUCUACUGCGGGCGGUGCUACGGCGACCUCGACACCCAGGCGACCGCCGUCGACCACGCCGAUUUCCAAACCCCGGGCAACAUGUCCUUUCACCGAGUUUCCCAACCCACCAAAACCCCGGCGCCCUACCCAGCCCCUUACCCCGGGCAACCCCCUGCUGCCCCUCCCUUCGAAGAAUCCCACGAGCCGCGCGACUUUGUGCCUGGCGCCGGCCCAGAGGAGCUGGGGGCUCGGGUCCGGCGGCGCUACGUGGAGGGGCUGCAGGUGAUCCUGCAGCAGCAGCUGCAAGUGCUGGUGGAGAGGUACCGGGUGGGUGCGCUCGUCUGCGGCGUGGCCGGAACCGUCUGGCUGCGCUGGGUGGCUGCCUCCAAGGUGUUCGACGGAAUGUGGGCGCGGAAGGUGCUCGCCGGGGCCGGGGCCGAGGCCACGCAGAGACUGAUGAAGCGCUCUGCCAGUGGAGGCGAGCAGAAGCCUCAAGGGGUGAAGUGUGAAUGGGCGGAUGAAGCCGCGCCUCAAAAAGACAGGCGAAGGGUCGAGUUCAUCUAUAUGCGCUCGUUGAGGACGAUGCUGCCGCUGUACUCGACAUUGUCUGUCUGUUUCCUGGCCUGUCAUAUUGCCCGGGAAGCCGUCCUACCGACCGACAUUUAUAGGUGGGCGAUGGAGGGUAAGCUUCCUUAUGUGGCGGCAUUUAUGGAAGUGGACAAGCUUCUUGGGAGCCCUCUAAGACACUGCCCUCUGAAUGCGAGACAACUGUUCAGGCCAGUCCGAGUGAUUGGAGCGUGGCAGCUGGAAGCGGCAGCUGGGUUCGUAGCACAAAGAAUAGGCUUGCAGCUUCCUUCAGUUAAUUUCUAUGCUAUUGCUCAGCGCUACUUGGAUGAGUUGUCUCUGCCGAUAGAAAGAAUACUCCCUCACGCUUGCCGCAUCUAUGAGUGGGCAAUGCCUCCAGAACUGUGGUUGUCUAGUAAUCCAGCCAGGGUCCCUACACGGGUCUGUGUAAUGGCUAUACUAAUAGUUGCUUUAAGAGUUCAGUAUAACAUCAAUGGUCAAGGGGUAUGGGAGGAAAUUUGCGAGGCAGCAAGAAAUCCAGGUGGGUCUGACCAUGAUGCAAAUUUAUCACCAUCUAUGAAGCCUGAUGUCGACACCAGUGAGGAGCUUGGCACAAGAGAAUUGCUAUGGACUCUUGUAGAUGCCUAUGAUAAAAUUGACGUUGCACAUGACUAUUCGAAGGACCUUCACACAUAUCUCAGAUAUUGCAAAGAUGUUGUUUUUCCUGGGAUUGCAUGUUCAGUUGAAGAAGAACACUUAAUAGAGAUCUUCCAGGAUCUGUACAAAGUACGAGAGGAUGAGAAUUCAAAAGCGCACACCACAAAUGGAGCGAAUAAACGAGGCAGGGAUGGGACUUCUGCUGGUGCAAGGUGCGUUUCUGCAUUAUCAUCAUCAGGGAUACAAAGUAUCAAGUCAGAAAUGGAAGACCACGGAUUUUGUUAUAUGCCACCAAGGAAGUGGCCAAAAUCAGAUGGUUACCUUCACUAUAGAAGAAAGACAAUGACUGGUCAUCUUGUUUGUGCUGGACAUGCUGAUUAUUACCUGUUGCUACGCUCAUUUGCCAAGCUUGCGGAAGUUGAUAUUAGGGUUAUGCAUGCUAGUGUGUUAAAACUUGAGAGGAGACUUGGCUGGAUAGAGGAAAGAAUAGGCAGAAGCUUGGAUGCCUUGCAAAAUCUACCUAGCUAACCAAAUGAUGCGAAAAGACAUGUUUCAGGCUGAAGUUUUUGAUGGAUUGCUAGUUUGCCAAGUUAGUACUUCCUCCGUCCCAAAUUAAGUGUCUUGACCUUAGUACAAAUUUGCACUAGAGCUAGUACAAAGUUGAGACACUUAUUUUGGGACGGAGGGAGUAAUUGGUAAUGAGUUAUCGUGCUACUAUCAAGAAAAGAGAUUGUGUUUCUAGUUCGGAUCUCAUGAUCCUGGACCAGACGAUGAGGAUCUGAACAACGGACUCUCUUGCAAGAUCUUGCUGACAAGGUGAUCAGGAACAGUAAACCUACCUCUACUUGUGCUAACAAUUCCCAUGGAGAUGUUCGUAGACCGUAGUUCACUUUGGUGGCAAGCUUUGCCAACAAGUUAUAGUCAUCAUCUGCGAGAUUUAUCAGCUCAAUUGUAAACAAUGACCAAGGCCACUAUGAAGUUUAUUUUAGUUGACAAGUUUUCACUCUUUCUUAUUUAUGAAUUAUCCACUUGAGCGUUUUGUAUGUAGGAAUAUGUUCUUGUACCAGAGUUUUUCGCCUCAUGUC